UUAUUUGGGAGGCGGGGGUGAAAGGUCACCGGAAGUUGUCUGUCUCCUCCCAGUUUUGUCAGGUGGGCUCAAGUUGCCACGCAGGAAGAUAAUGGCGACUCCGGGUGAAAAUUAGCAACGGAACUAAAAUUCAACACAUUGUUGGGAUUUUGACAUAAGUCAUCAGGAUGGAGAAUAAAGUUCAGAUAGUACAGCCUAUCCGUGGACCUGGAGAUGGAAUGGAAACAGAAGAAUCAGCCAAACCAAUCGAGAAUGCCGCAGGAGUAAAUAAAAAAUGUCAUCACACUCCACGAGCUAAUGCAGUUUCCAAUUCUUCCCAAAUUGUCACCAAGCCUGGUGUUCUUCAGCUUGGGAAGGUUCAGCCUGACCAAGCUGUUGAGGUAGAAGCCAUAAAAAUCCUGGUACCCAAAGCAGCUCUAAUUCAUGAAAUUCCUACAAAGAAUACAAAGUUAAAUGACUCCGCAGGUUCUCAUAAAGGGGAGUUGUCAAAUCAUCCAGAAAACGCUGCUGAACUCAAGAGAGAACUGACAGAACUAAAAGUCUCCAUUGAAAAAUCGCAAAGCUCAGAAAGAAAACUCCUACAAGAUAAAGAGGGGCUGGCUAACCAAAUCCGGAUACAGACUGAGAUAAAUCGUGAACUAAAAAAAUUACUUGUAGCUUCUGUUGGCAAUGACCUUCAGUAUCACUUUGAGCGCUUGGCUCGUGAAAAAAAUCAAUUAAUCCUGGAAAACGAGACUUUGAAUCAAAACCUAGCUCAGCUCUCUGAGCAGCUGGAGCGGAUGACGAUACAAUGCGAUGUGUGGCGCAGCAAGUUUCUUGCAAGCAGAGUGAUGACAGAGGAAUUAGCACACAUUAGAACAUCGCUGCAGCGUCAUGUCCGAGAAACCCAGAGUGCAAUACAAGAUCUUCUCAGUGAGCGUGAGCAAUUUCGUCAAGAUAUGGUUGAAUCCCAUGAAUUCCUCAAGGAGCUCUUAGUAUCUCUGCAAUGGGGCCGACAACAAACUUAUUAUCCUAAUGCACAACCGCAUACCACUGUAGAACUUGCUUCUGUCAAUCUUAAGUUAGCAGAGGCUAUUAAUUCUCAACUUCUUGGAAGACUGAGCACAAGUAAUAUACAAAAGACCAACCAACAGGUUGAAUUCUGCAACACACCUGCUGAAAAGAUGGCUGAAAAGGUUUUAAACAUGUUGGAUCCUACACUGUGCAGCAAAGGAAUGACUGAUGUACCAUUUUGUGAUACUUCACCAUCAUCGCUUCUCUCUAAUAAAAAGAGCAUAGGACGUUUCCACCCAUAUACUAGAUAUGAAAAUAUCACAUUUAAUUGUUGCAACCAAUGCACAGGAGAGUUAAUAGUGUUAUGACCUAUUUCUAAUGAAAAAGUUACAGUGACAUGAACAGGUUGUGCACUGUUACUGCUGUUAUUGUUGACUUUAAAACUGGCAAUACUUUGAUGCAAUCAUUAUGUUUUAAAGGAUUUUCUUAUUUGCACAUAUGCACAUUUUUCUUAAAAAUAUAAGCAAUACGAUAUAUCGGUCUAAGAAGCACAGUGAUGUAUUCAUCACUAUUCUCUCUCAUAAACUGCCUGAAUCUUUACCUCAGGUUUCGCCCAGUUAUGACAAUGAUUAUGUAUUUAUACUGCCACUUGUUUUUUUUUGUGUUUUAAUGUGUAUUUAUAUGUAUGAGUGGAAAAGCGGAAUUUUCUAUCUUCUUAAAUGUGGUGCAGAGUUGAAAAUGACUAUAUCUGAUCAAGUGUUAACAAAAUAUCCAGUUAGAUCAGUGUGGUCUAUAUUGUGUCACCUAUGAAGUAUUGUACAAGUCAGAGUAUUCAAUUUAUAAAGAAAUAUGCCGUUUUGCUUUUGAUACAACUGUAAAA